ACGUUAACACUGACGUAUGUCCUUUCAGUGCAGUGAGGCGCUAAGCUAACUUGUGUGUCGUAGAUCGUUGCAGUGUUUAAUUUGGGGUGAAACAGACCUGGCCCGUGUAGAAUACCUCGUUAUAAUUGUAUCGUAUUUGUCUGGAAUGUAUGGAUGGAUACGUGACGGAAUUUCAUCACUGUUUGAGCCCGUUACGGGGCAAAACCCCACCGAGUGGCCCGGGAAAGGAAACGGCAGAGAGUCACUCACGCCGACGAGGAGGGUACAGCGGCCUGAGAGUCACUGCAGACCGGCCAAACGGACUUAUCAAAGUGUUGACAGUGUUUGUCAAAGCGAGCAGGUAGAGGUGAAAAGACGCAGGCGAGAUGUAGUUAUUAGUUUUGUGAAGAAGACUGUGACCGGGGUAGCAAGUCUGCUUAGACUGCGUAAUCCGCUGACAACCAGCUCUGAGGAGCACAGACAGUAUGAAGAGACCCAGCCAGUCACUCUGAUGGGGAUAGAUGAGCUCCACAGCUCAUGGAUGAACAGUGCUGAUUGGAGGAUGGAUAAACCUGUGGGUGGAGUCACUGAGGGGGAGAAAGGUGGUAAAAACCCCUAUCAGAGCUCCUUACCUCCUUUGAUGAGGAGAUAUCGUGCUGACAGGGAGAGACAGGGUUCCAUCCAGCUGCUGCCCUCUCGGCCUGCUGUGAGGUUGGGAACCACAAACUUUGAUCCCGCCUGCAGCAGCUCUGGACACAAUCGCUGCCAUAAGCCCAGUCUCACUGUCGAAGAGGCGAUAAAGCAGAAUAAUAAAGAGCACUACAGGCGCUUACUGGAGAUGGUGACUGAGAAAUACAGCAAAAGUCAGCCCCUGCCUUUUAACCAAGCAAAGCCACAAGAAGACAUAUUGCAAACUGAACACAGAACGAAGGUCCCAGGAAGUGUCUUUGAAUCAUCAUCCACGAAGAUGGGACACGCAGCUGCCCCAAGCAUGUUUACAUGGAGACAUCCAUCUUCAACUAAAGACAGGAGGAGUGGGUUGAUUUUCACUAAGACAUGCAGUGGUGCAUUUGAGGACACGCCACAUGUUAGAAACCCAAAGAAGCAAGCAGCAGAGUUGGACCUUUCUGCAGAGGUAGCUACUCGUCUUAGUCUAGCAGAGAGAGAAACUCCUGCCAUCACGUUGGUUGAUACACAUUCUGCUCAUGUAAGGCACAGUGAUGAGGACAUACCAAGACUAACUAAGGAAAUGGCAGCGGAGGUGAGUUGUGCUCUGGCUCAGAGUGAUCCAAACCUUGUUUUAAGUGCAGCAUUCAAACUAUGCAUCACACGACGAGACUUAUCUACUCUACAAGAAGGGGGCUGGCUCAACGAUGAGGUGAUGAACUUCUACCUUUCACUGGUGAUGGAGCGGUGCUCUGGUGAAACGCCAGGAUUAAAAGUUUACUCGUUCAGCACCUUCUUCUUACCUAAGCUGCAGGGUGGAAGCGGUGGACAGCCUGGAGGACACUCUGCUGUCAAACGCUGGACCAAAACUGUUGACAUCUUCCUCUAUGACCUUAUCCUAGUACCUCUGCACCUGGGUGUCCACUGGGCGAUAACUGUGAUAGACGUUAAAUUGAGAACAGUGAAGUCCUACGACUCAAUGGGCCAGAGACAUGAUGACAUUUGCAGUCUUUUACUCCUCUAUCUUAAGGAAGAGCACAGAGCAAAGAAGGGCAGAGAGCUUGACAGUGCCAAGUGGACUGUGGGUAGUAUGAAGGCCAGUGAGAUUCCCCAGCAAAAAAAUGGCAGCGACUGUGGAGUUUUUGCCUGUAAAUAUGCAGAAUACAUUGCAAAAGGAAAGCCUCUCACUUUCAAACAGUGCCACAUGCCUCUCUUCAGGAAGCUCAUCAUUUGGGAAAUCCUCAAUCAGAAGUUGCUGUAGAGGGUGACUAUAAUCUUCUGUCGGUCACUAUCCACCUAACAGCCCAGACUUGAUCUAGAGCAGCAACAUCUGUGCACGAUAACUGCUGGGCAGUGAAGAACUGAAUGGGCCAAAGAAUGGUAUUUUCUGACUGAACUCCAUUGCUGCGCAGCAGCAGCAGCAGUCUGGAAAAUCAAAGACUUGUCUUAAAAUUGUUUUAUCUUUCAGAGACAUUAACAGUUUUGUAAUCUCUAAAUUGUAAUUAGAGAGCUUAUUGGGGUGGAAGGAUUCAGGAAUGUAUGUUUUGCCCAUGCUUUGACACUACUGACUGAAUGCUUUGUUUAAUUGACUUUGGAUUAUGAGUCUUACUGUUUUUGGGGUUUUACCUGAAAGUGCCUUCAGCUGUUUGGAGUGGAAUUCAAAGCAAAGCAUUCUUUUGUCUGCAUUAAGAAACUGAGGAAUUUAAAUACUUCAGUGAGGUAUGCUGAAGGAAGUUGUUGCAGGUCAGCAAUUUUGACAAUAUUCCCCUUUCUCCCAUGUUUGUGAAC